AGAGAAUGAUCAAAAGACGACAUGCAGUGUAUGAAGUGGAAGUGGAACCGAAAAGCAGCAGUUCAGAACGAAGAUUUGCAAAUGACUUAAAUUUGCACAAAAACGCGAUAAAUUCUUAAUUAAACUAAUCGGAAACGCAACGUUUGCGUAUUAACACAUAGAAAUAACUAAAUUUUAUAUAAUAUUGAAAUAUUAAACGACGCGAAAACGAACGAAACCAAAGUGCUGCACAUGAAUUAGUGAAAAUGUAAUUUCUCUGCUGCACGACUACGACGACGACGAAGCAAAAAAUAAAAAGAAAGGCAAAGAUAAAAAUAAGAAUCUGUGACAGGCGCUAGUGUAAAUAUCCAAAUCCUUUCGGAUUGGUAAAAACUACAUUAACGCGGACGAAUGCGGCCUAAACAGGACCGUUUUAUUUAUUGCAAACGAGAAAUAUUAAAUUUAUGUAUAUAUAUUGCGUAUAUAUGUAUAAAGACUAGGGAAGAGGAAUAGCACUAAAACAAUACGACAUAGUCGACGAAAAAGAAUAAGCACAAAACGAAGUUGUGGAUAAAAGAUAUUUCUGCGGGCCAGACGUAAAGCGAAUUUUUUUAUUUAUACAAAAUCGAAACUAUUGUGAAGCAUAAAAACUGUUGUGGAGAUUAGAGAACACCACGAAUAGGUGUGGAGAAAACUGACUGACAGCAGCUUUACGGUGCUAAUAACGAAUGGCUUAUAAACGGAUGCACGGAAGACUUGCUGCACACACACUGUCGUCUGGCGCUAGAGGACAAUAGACACCCUCUAACGUUUUGACAGCACUUUUUUUUUUGUAAUUUUUUUAAUUUUGGAAAGCACCUGUUAAACACUUAUAUGCCUGCACACUGUUUAACCAAUAACGAUCACUCGCCGCCUGAAACCAAACCAAUGCUCGCUAUCAACGAGAAGCAACACACAGAAGCGUCACACGCACUACAACGCAACCAUAGCGAUGGCAAUGGAGAAGUGCAUGCCAAUGGCAAUGCCAACAUCACCAACCAACAACAACGCCAACAGACUGGCGGCAGUAAUAACAACAGCAGCAGUGCCCACGAAACAACACAGUUACCACCAUUGCCAGACGGGCCGCUAUGGUCGGUGCUUUACGAUUACGAUGCCAAAGGCGAGGAUGAGUUGACACUGCGUCGCGGUCAGAUUGUAGUCGUGCUAUCCAUGGAUAGCAAUAUAUCGGGUGAUGAGGGCUGGUGGACGGGCAAAAUUGGCGAUAAGGUCGGCAUUUUUCCCAGUAACUUUGUGACAGACCAAGAUCCUAUGCUGCCGGACGUGCCCUCUGCCAUAGGAGACAUACAACCGCACGAAAUUGACUAUGCCGAGCUCGAUGUGGGCGAGGUGAUUGGCGCUGGCGGCUUUUGCAAGGUGCACCGCGGCUAUUACAGCGGCGAAGAGGUUGCUAUUAAGGUGGCGCCGCAAGCUGGUCCCGAUGUCGAAUCGAAUCGCGACAAUGUGCUGCAAGAAGCGAAGCUAUUCUGGGUCGUCAAACACGAAAACAUAGUGGCACUGCGUGGCGUCUGCCUAAAGCCGCCCGAUCUAUGUCUAGUGAUGGAGUAUGCGCGCGGCGGCAGUUUAAACCACAUUUUGGCGCGUGGCAAGAUUCCGCCCGAUGUGCUGGUCAACUGGGCGAUACAGAUAGCACGCGGCAUGAACUACCUGCACAAUGAAGCGCCCAUCUCGAUUAUACACCGCGAUCUGAAGAGUUCCAAUGUGCUCAUUUUGGAGGAAAUCAUUGCCGGCAGUCUGCACAAUAAAACACUGAAGAUCACCGAUUUCGGUUUGGCGCGAGAGCUUUACAACACAACACGCAUAUCAACGGCGGGCACAUACGCUUGGAUGCCGCCGGAAGUGAUAAAGAGCAGCACGUACUCCAAAUCGUCGGAUGUUUGGAGCUACGGUGUGCUGCUGUGGGAGCUCAUCACAGGCGAAACGCCAUACAAAGGUUUCGAUUCGUACUCAGUCGUGUUUGGCAUUGCAGUGAAUAUGCUAACGCUGCCCAUACCGAAAACUUGCCCGGAUGCAUGGGGAAAACUCAUGAAAAGCUGCUGGGAGAAUGACCCGCAUAAGCGGCCGGGUUUCAGGGAUAUACUAACGAAGCUGGAAGACAUUGCACGUUCAGGUUUCACGCUGACGCCACAGGAAUCGUUCAACACCAUGCAAGAUGCCUGGAAGAAGGAGAUAGCCGAGGUGCUGCAAGAGUUGCGCUUGAAAGAAAAGGAAUUGCGCACCAAAGAGGAACGCUUGAAUCGUGUGCAGAGCGAACAGGACGAACAGGCUAUGAAUCUGAAACGCUUUGCCGAGCAGUUAAAGCUGCGCGAGAUGGCCUUAAUUGGGCGAGAGCUGCAAAUUGCACAACAAACGCCCACACCGAAUCGUAGGCGUGGCAAGUUCAGCAAAGUGAAACUCAAACUGCUUAAAAAGAACGAAGUGCAAAUUUCACUACCAACCGACUUCCGGCACACAGUGACGGCGAUACACGACAAACCAUUGACUGAUACACCGCCUGGCUCACCAGCGAUUUCCCAAGUGCGCAUCGUGGCACUCACGCCACCGCAAUUGCCGCCCGACGGUUACAAAGGCAAGACGUGGGGUCCUUCGACAGUGCACCAGCGCGAGCGUCCCCACCUGCCGGCGCUGCUUGCCACCGAAUGGUCCGGCCCCGCUUCGACCAACUCCUUGUUCAGCAAGAGUGCACCGAAUCUGGACAAGAAGGCUGUGCGGCCCACACAACUGCACUAUAUGCAGCAUAGCCACCUGCCGCAUCACACACUGCGCCAGCAUUCGCCACACCAUCACCGACACCAACAUUUGCCGUCACACCAUUCGCAUGCGCACCAUUUCGAAUAUAAAUUCGGUUCGAUGCCGUGCUCGCCGACCACACCGACCUAUGCAUCGGACGCCUGCAUCGGCUACAAUGAGUCAGGCUACAAUUCCAAAGACUGGUGCUCGCCUUUACAUGCGCUGCCAGCCGCCGCUGGCGCCGGCACUUCCAUCGUGGACGCGCCGCUGCCCAUUAUGUCGCCCAAUCCCUACCUGCUGAGCCGCUUUACUUCCAACAUUCCCAUGCCCACGCUGUACGCCGGCGAUGCGGUGCGCAAGCCGAAACUUUCUGUCAUCGAAGUACUACUCUACAAUAUGGCCGCGCUGCUUGCCGGCGUCGCCGCUGGCUAUGACGUGCGCAUCUCGAACGUGUCGCCAGUGCAUCCAAUGCUGCUCAGUGAUGUGCCCGCCUUAAAGGCACCCAUGGAAAUGGAGUUUCCGAACGUUUUGGAUGAGCGCAGCCGCUUUGCCGCUAACACUUAUCAUGGUACUGGUAACAAGCACAAUCGCGCCACCUUGAACGCAGCCACAUUCACGCGUUUAGAGGAACAACGCGCUCCUCUGCAUCAGAGCCCUCGCGGCUCGCCCAAACUGCAUGCCGCCGCGCCUAGCUAUUACUUCCAAAAGCAUGCGUUGCCUCCGACUGACAGCAAGCUAGCAUUGCAACAGCAGAAGCAAACGCUGCAGCAUCAACAGCUGCCACUAACUGGCUCCACCACAAGCGGCUUAGGCUCCAAUUUUACCAACAAUACCUCCGCGCUGCUUUCGUCUUCACUGGGCAGUCAUACGCAGCCGCCAACACCUUCGCCGCGUCGCAAAAUCAGCACCUCUUCAUUUACUGAGAAUCUCGAGUAUUCGCUACAUGAUGACACGCCACCAACGCGCGCGUUUGACGACGACUUUAACGCUGGCAGUGGCAUGCCACCAUCUGCAACGCAAUAUACGCGCGCUGAUUAUUUGCGCCACGGCCCGAGUUUCUCCAACGAUGGCGGCGCCUAUGGCGCAGGUGUGCAUCGGGCUGGCUACUUCGGCUCCAACUAUUUUCCGUAUCGGCCAGAGGUACAGUUGGCGUAUCAACGCGAUUGCAAAUCGUAUCCGGACUACUCUUACGACUACAAUCACCGUCUGCCCAAUUACUACGACUACAACUACGACCCACAGCAGCCGCAUCAGCAAUCAACGCCAAAGCAUCAGCAGCAACAAGCUCAGCAGCACUACCAAACGCGUACACCGCCGCCACGCGUGCCCCAAAUGGGCGUCAGCGCUGCUGGUCAUCGGCGCACACCGUCAACGAUCUCUAAUAGCUCCAACAUCAAUCAGGGCUUCUCUUUCGAUCGCGAUGAGCUGCAUGCGGCAGAUUUAUAUGACUACAACAAUCUCAAUUUGCAGCUGAACAUUAAUAUGGGCGCCGGCGGUGCGUCUGACUACGCGCACUAUCGCGAGCUACCGCCACCGCCUCCCGCACCGAUUGGCGUAGUGCCACCACCCAGCAAACAUGAGCUGUAUAAGAGCUCACCCAAGAUGGCUCAGCGCUUGAAGCGCGGUGGUGCCGGCGGCAGCAUGGGUGGUGCCGACACAGGUGGCGGCUUGAAUCGUAUACGCGACUAUGAAAAUAUACCCGCCUACAUUGGCAGCCCAUUGCACCGGACAAAGUUUCACAACACUUUGGCGCAGCAACAGCAUCUGCAACAAUUGCAGCAACAUCAGUCGCUCUUUAGUACACCGCAGCAUAGUCUCUACACGCACACGCCACACGCGCAGUCAACGCCGCUGAGUCCAAUACACAUGAAACCGUUAAGCGCGCAAGAGCGCCCAGUCUCGCUGCCUUUCGAACAGACAACAGCAACAUUAGGCUUCAACGGCAGCGCAUCCAACAAACUACGUUCGUCGCUCAAGAAAUACAACUAUAAGACACCUAACGGCGGCGCUGUGGCUAAUGCCGGUAACGGCGCUGAUUUGGUGGGCGCCAACAUGAGCAAUGGUCUCAACGCAGUGGGUGGCAACGGUGUUGCCAAGCGCGCAGGCAGCAUUUCUUCACAGCAGGGCACGCCCACUAAUCCCACUCCGCCCGAUUCGCUCACCAGCGAUGACAGCUCGUAUCUGAGUGCCAAAGAGGGCUCCAUUUCCUCGCAGCACAGCCGCGUGCGUUUCAGCCCCGAAGCGUUUCUGGACGCCAGCAGCGGCAAUGGCAGCAUUAACAAUAGCAACAGCAACAAUGGCGGCAGCGGCAGCGCUAGCGGCUAUCUCAAUCAAUCGACAAUAUCGCUUUUCAAUCGACGCAUAUCGCGGCGCCACACCAGCGACAUGUCCGCCGGCACUCCACCAUCCUCCUAGCAGGGCAGCGCCGCACGUUUCACCAAUACAACACUGCAGUUGGCGCGCAGUCCAGGCGCUUUAGUCAGCAGUUCAUUGUCGUUGAAUUCGCCACAGCAACAGCAGCUGUCCACGUCGUCGCAACACUCAAUGCAGCAGCUGCCGUAUCGCUGGUACUCGGGUGCACGUAGAUCGCGUUCAGCGCACUACGAAUAUAGGUUGUAAGCAAGCAAGUGAUGACAGGCAGUUUAAAGCUCAAAAAUCAUAAUUGAAAUUAAGAAAAAAGACGAAGCAAGCGGUGAGCAGGUGAAUGCUUAUAACUACAGUUAUGUGUUGUAUAAAGGCACGCUUGGUGUUCCCAAUAAUCUACUGUAACAUUUUCGGUUUCCACUUUUACAUAAAUAAUUAGCGGGUACAACCAAAGGAGAUGUACAUAGAACUUACAACUUAGCGACUACUUAGACAGGUAUUAUCUUUCAGACCGUUGUAGUAUUCCAAAUGUUGAAAACAUUGAACAAUAUACAUACAUAUAUAACAAACACACUCCCGAAUAGCUGUUAGCAGUGCAACAUUUCCAUUUCAUAACUUAAAAACCACUCAAAAUGAGUAUUCAGCAAUCGCUUUAUUGAUAAAUUUUUAGAUUAAUCAAUUUGUCGAACACAAUAAGAGGCUUCAAAGCCCUAAACAUACGAAUAUUUAGGGAAUAUGAAAUUGUUUUACUAAACAUAUACUUAAGCAGAAUAUAACAUGACUAAAACGAGUGCUGAAUUACGAAUAAGCGCGCUGAAUUAACACACACCAGCAUAUUUUAUACAGACUCGCAUUUGUUUCAACAAAAAGCACACAUUUAAAAUUGCUGAAUAGCUUUUAAUGCAAGGGGAAAGCAAUAGAAAUGAAAAAUCAGUAUUUAUUUGCUUUCACAGUUCGAUAACCGCGUACGUUAAGGUAUUUUACAUUUUUUAAUGCGAAUAUUUCGAGUAUUCGGCAUUAUUUUUUUAACACUGAGCGCUGUGUUGGCACUAAGCGCGUUUAAAAAGCUGCAUUACAGCAUAAUAUGUAUGUGCGACAUAACUGCUAGCACUUUGUGCAAAAUUUAGCUAACCAUUACGACUGAGUGCGCUGAAUGAAAACAAAUUUCACGGCUGUGCACAUUAUAGCAUAUUCUGGAUACUAGGAUACAAAUGCGCAAUUCUAACAAGUAGCUGAAUAGCGCUGAAUAAACUUUACGUUCGUUUUAAUAAUGAAUUAUUGACUAACAAGCCAAGCCUAAGCAUCGUACAUACUAUUUAAUGCGCUGAAUACAUUUCAACAUAGCUGAAUAGCGUUUAACGGCGCUGAGCAGCUUUGGUUAGUUGGUUGAUGCCAGCAAGCGGCAAAAGGUGCUUAAAAAAGGUGAUUUAAAAAAAAAACACAAAACAAAUGCGAAUUGCUAAUUACUCCAAACAUGCCAAUCAUUCCCCUAAACACUUAAUUGGUUUUGCCAAACAUAUGUACAUACAUACAAACAUAUUUAAUAGCAAGGUUGCACUCUUAAAACGCUAAGUAUUUGUAUAUACAUGUAAACAAUCAUACACAAUUCCUAUUGCUGCUUUAUUUGAGAAAAAUUUUGAAAACAAAAAAGUUGCCGAAGCUUGCAAUUUAUGCAAAAAUUGUCAUUGAAGUUGCGCUGUCAACUGUUUAUCGAUACUGAAAACUCGAUAAAAAUGCAACAUUUCUGCACAAAAACGGCAGCAGUCGCUUUUAGAAAUGUGGAAAAAUAAUUUUUUCAAAAUCGCCUGAUGCUGUUUGCGCAUUUUUAAAAAAAAUUAAAACUAAAAAUGAAUAAUUAAUCAAUGUGAAAUUGUAUGCAAUUGAUGCCUUAACAAAAAAAUUAUGGAAAAAUUAAAAACUCAAGCAAAACAAAAACAAACAAAAAAACACGAAAAUCAUAUAAAGUUUGUGUAUUCGAAAAACAAUCAGCGAUUAAACGUUAAAACGAAAAACUCUCAAGUUGUAUUAAACGAGAGCUAUUUGCUUUUCAAUUGGAUAUUUGGAUUUACCAUAAUAAGAAUUUGUAAGUUUCUUCUUCAACUCUAUAUACACACGGAGAGUUAGGUGCAUAACUUUAAGGCUGAUGUUAUUUCAUAAGUGUAGAGUAUGUAUGCAUUACCGUUAUACAUGUGGUACAUACGUAUAUAAAUAAUCGACAAGAAAAGUCAAGCGAAGCAGAUUGUUUGUGUAUGCAUAUUUAAAAAAAAAUUUCAAAAAAAAAUUAUAUAAAAUUAGUACCGUCAACACGCGUUAGUUUGCACAAUGCCACGCCUGGCAAAAUAACUGCAAACAGAAUGCAGAUGUGCGCGUGCAAAUAAAAUUCCUUUUUUUAUAAAUAAAAUUCAUUUUCUGUAAAGCAGUUUCGAAAGACGCCGCUUGACUGUGCGUUGCAAAAACGGUUUUAUAUGUUUUACCAAGCAAGCUUUUUGCUGCGGAAACGCUUGCACAAUUUGUCAUAGCAAAAAAAAUUACAUAUUUGUUGUACACCGAGCGCUUGCGCGUAAAAAGUUGGCGUUGUUAAAGACGACAGUUUACUGUAGACAUACUUUGUGUAGCGCCUGUUUAUUUUGCACAAAUACAUUUAAAUUAUGGCGAUUUUUUUCGAUAAAAAUCAAUAAUAAACAAAACUAAACAGCAAGUUUAAAAAACGCUUGCUUAUGAGUGCAGUUCCAUUAGCACACGUGUUGAAAUGCCAAGAAUACUGCGCGCGCAUAAAAUUAGCACUGCUUGGGCAUUAGCACAUGGGUUUCAUCGAGCAAAAAACGCCAGAUUUUCUAAAAAAAAAAAAUUUUCAUAUAAAUAAUGAAAUAUUUUAUUCAAACUUUUUAUUAUUUUGAAGAUACAUAUUUGAUAAAGAUUUUAUGAAAUUUUCAAAGCAAAAUAUUCAAAACUCGGUCAUUACGUUGUCAUUGCCGGCAGUCGCUCAGAAAAAAGUUGCUUCUGCGUUGACAGCAGAACUUCUGACAGGAUCAGCAAAAGUAAAAAAAGAAAAAUAUACGUCUUUGAACUAAAACCAUUAACUAUUGCAGAUUUUGGGAUGAUAAAAAACAAAUAAAGUGACAAUUGCAUUUUUGGCAGACGUUUUUACAAAAACAUGCAAAUUUUGUUGAAAAUUUCGCGUCGUUUUUUGUUUUCUUAAUAGUUGUAUGAACAAAAAACAAAUUCUGCGUUCAAGACCUUGUAAAUUAUUACACGAAAACCUGUGUAAAACUUCAUUUAGAUUGGUUGCGUAGUUCGCGAAAAACUUUGACAACCGACUUUGAGUCUCGCAGUUACGAGAAAAACGCGGUGAAAGUUUGAAAUGACUCUAUAGCUGACCUCGAGCGCGCAACUUUUCAAGGCUGUGUCUCCAAAACUAUUACUGGCAUCAACUUGAGUAUUUAGCACAAUAUUCUAGAGAUGUUAUAGAAUUAAAUAAGACCCAAAAAAAAAUUUUUUUUUGAAGCCGUGAAACCCAUGCAACCCUUUAAUGGCAUCUCUUCGUAAAAUAUUAAGAAAUUGUCGUUGCGAGCCAUUGCAAAAAAGUAACGAGCAAGUGUCAAAUAUGCGAAAUCACGCAACGCGUUGGAUGCGAAACGAUUCUUUGCGUGCAACUUUAUUUUAAGCCACUAAAUUUAUGCGCAUGCGCGUAAUAUUUAAGGAGGUAUUCUAGUUUAGAGACAUGAAUUUUAGUUAACUUUUAAAGUGUCGUAAAAAGGAGACAAUCAAUAUUUUCACUAUCAAUUUUUUUAUCAGUUAUUUAUUUACAGUUACAAGAGCAUAGAAAAAAAUUUAAAAAAAAGUUAAAAAUUUAAAAAACUGGCAGCUGUUGAAGUGGCGGGUCUCAAAAAAUUGGCACCUGAGCACACCCAUGAUUACAACCCUGCUAGUUAACUGAAAUGAAAAACAAAAGAUUAUCAAUCUGCAAUGCUGUCGCAAUUGUAUGAACUAACGUUAAGUAAAAAAAAAAAACUUUUUGACAAAAUGGCGACUGUUGGAAAAAAAGCAAUGUUUUUUUACAAUUUUUUUUAUUUUCUCUUAUUUUUUAAAAACAGUAAAAUAUUGAAAUUUGCGAGUGAGGUCUAUAAAGUAGAUACUCUGAAAUUUUCAAGUAAAUCGGUCUAGUAGAACUCGAGAAAGCGUGGGUUGCGUAUUGAAAAAGUUGGUCAGCCGUACCAGUUUGGAGGCCGUGUCAGCAAAAUGUCUAUAUCUGCGAAAAUAAUUUAAACUUUCAAAAAUACUCUUAAAUAGUUACACUUCGAAAAUGUGAAUCGAUUUUUUUGAAAUGCUACACUAGAAUACCGCCUUAAACGCUACGCGCGCGUUAAUUUCACAUAAUAAUCAUAACUCACAUAAAUAUCAUAAUUGCACAUAUUGAUUUUUUCGCAAGUUAGCAUUUUCUACAAAAACAUUCUGUCGCUGGAAACAAACGCUAGCAUUUUUUUUUUUUCAAAAAUACGUUUCCUCACGCAGUUACCGUUAAUUUUCUUACGUAAAACUUUCACUUACAGUCAGCCUUAGUAUGUAUUAAUUAAUAUUAGUUUUGAAUAUGCCUAUAUGCUUUACAUACAUAUACUCGUGUGUAUUUAUGUACAUAUAUACUGUAUUUAUGUAAUUAUAUACUUUGCCAAAAACAACAAAAUUUUUAAGAAAUAAGUAGUUACUUUAUAAAUAGCGCUUCUUCUGCUUAGUCAAAUUGUUAAAUGAACAACAAUUACAUAUACAUAUAUAUAUAUACACAUACAAACAAACAUAUACUACAUAUUAAGUAUUAAUUGCGUUUCAUUUAAUCCAAACUAUAUAUGGUAGUACAUAUACAAACAAACAAACAAAUAAACAAACGUGUAACACAAAUAUACAUAGCUAAUUAAAACGUUAAAAUUAUAACGAAAUUCAUAACGUUGCAAGCUUAUAACCUCAAUUUAAUGCAAACAAAAAGCAUUGCGAAAACCACUUUCAAAGCAUUCCAAAUAACAGUUAACUACAAUUGAGCUGGAACAAAUAUGAAACACAGCAUUUUCAUAGAAAAAAAUAUAACGGUACUUUCUAGCGCGCCCACGGUAUGUUAAAUGUAUGUAAAACCGUUAUAUAUUACGGUAUAUCUGUAAACGUUAAAUUGAUAAAUUGUUCUAGUCCAAACUUUUUUUUGUCAUACUGUUGUUGCAAUAUGAAAAUAUUCUGUUCUAUUUUACUUGUUUACAUUUUUUUACAAUUGUUUUUUGAUUUCUUUGCAAUUUUUACAGUUAAGUUGUAAGCGCUUUUAGCCACUAACCUUUUAGUAAUUUAGUAUACAAAUCCGCGACUAAAAAUUUGGUAUUUUUCACAUUUAGUUGUAGCUCCUUUUCCAAAUGGUAUAGCAUUACGUAAAUUCGAAUAAAUUAUUUUUAUAAAAAAGG